AUGAAGCUAUUGGAGAAUGCUAAAACUAACAGUAUUAGUAGUGCAUUGAGUAUCGAUACUGGUCACUGCCGUAUCAAUGGACGAGUUGAGAGUUAUUCUGUAAAAUGUAAAACAUUGUUUUAUCUAAAGUCCACUCUUAAUGCUUCGUUUUAUCCUGAUUAUGACUUCUCUGAUGCCAAAUCAGAUGAGUUUAGUCGUGAACCGUCUAUCCAGUGGGUCAUGGAUGCUGUGCGAUCAAAUUUAUCACCAGCUUAUGGUGAAGUAUUUGGUGUACUGGAGUCACAGCUAUGGGCAGCCAUUGAUGAAGAAAUACAACUCAAAGAUAGCGAUAUAUACAGUUAUAAUGCUGAUCUUGAAUCAGAUCCAUAUGGUGAGGAAGGUAGCCUGUGGUCAUUUAACUAUUUCUUCUACAUAUAA